UAUUAUUUGUCAUUUAGGUGUUAUGAUCGGAAUUCAGUUAUAAGAAUAUGUGUUAUUUGUAAGAAAUGUAACUCUACCAAAAAUAUGUGUUACAUUUUUAUGUUUAAAAUUUAACCAUGUGAAUGUAAUUUCAGGGUCAUCAAGACUAGAGUUUCUCAUUGAAUGCAUCCUAUCUUGAUCAAUAUUUACAUAAUAUAUAUACACACAUAAUCAAUGAUUUGGCGUAUUUGUUGUAUACACAAACUUAUUAAAACUGGAUUGAAAAAUGAGUAAUCAAGGGUCAAAUUUUUGUUUAAAAAAGUUUCAACUUAAGACGGUCGAUAAUUCUUUAGGCUCAUAGUCGAUAAUUGGUUUAAAAUCAACAUUCUAUCCAAGCAGUUGAACAAAAACGGAAGUGUGUUAUGUGUUUUGUGUGCCGCAAGGUUCGAUAAUUACAGUACCUAUCGAAAAGAAAGAUAUCUGAAAAUUUUCUGAAUGUAUAGAUUUUUCGACGAAGAUCUUUUCGUAAACCUAUACCAUCGAACUAGCAAUAUCUUUUGAUUCAUAACUAUUUGAGUUGCUUUUAUUUAGGAUUUAAAACUAAACAUUCGUUUGGACAUAAAAGAAGUCCAAACUAUAAAGCGAAGAAAAUAAGCUGAUAAUGUGAGGACAAACAAAAAAGAACCUUAAUAUUGAUGAUCAAGCAUACACAUCAAGAGCUGGUGGGUGGUAAUUGAUGUUGCCACCUCUCUAUCUCUCUCUAAAUCUUACUUUACGCCCUUAUCCUCCUCUCUCUUCUCCCCCCGAAGCUUUUGCAACAAAUAAAGUAUCCUCUCUCUUUCUCUCUCUAGAUGCAAGAGGACUCAGAGAGAGAAAGUAUGAUUGAUGGGGAAAGAGAGAAAGAAGGUAAAAUACAAUAGAUUAUUAUUGGUACACGGUUGUCAUGUUUUGUUAUGUGUCUUGUGUGCGCUCUUCUUCUUUUCUUCAUCCAUUGAUCUUCUUUAUUUAACCCUACUCUCUUCUCCUUUUCCCAUUCUUUCUAUCAUUUCUUUUCUCUCUCUCGGGAUCUGAUAUCUCUUUUCAGUAACCUAUUUCCGAGGAGCACUGUCAAAUCCUGUCCACUCUUCUUUCAGUAAUACUUCUCUCUUUGUGCUGGAGUGUUCCAACUUAUGAUGAGAAGGGCAUAAAAUAACUAAAAGUAUAAAGUUUUGUUAGAAGGUGUUCAAAAGUAUCCAGCUGAAUCAUCUUGAAUCUAGAGUUUCUUCAGAUUACUGAUCGAUCAAGAAGACAAAAAAGAUGAAUUCGUUUUCCCACGUCCCUCCGGGUUUUAGAUUUCACCCAACGGACGAAGAACUUGUAGACUACUACCUGAGAAAAAAAGUUGCAUCGAAGAGAAUAGAAAUUGAUUUCAUAAAAGACAUUGAUCUUUACAAGAUUGAACCGUGGGAUCUUCUAGAGUUGUGCAAAAUUGGACAUGAAGAGCAAAGUGAUUGGUACUUCUUUAGCCAUAAAGACAAGAAGUAUCCCACAGGGACUCGAACCAAUAGAGCAACCAAAGCAGGAUUUUGGAAAGCCACAGGAAGAGACAAGGCUAUAUACUUGAGGCAUAGUCUUAUUGGUAUGAGGAAAACACUUGUGUUCUACAUGGGGAGAGCCCCAAAUGGACAAAAAUCCGACUGGAUCAUGCACGAAUACCGCUUAGAAACCGAUGAAAAUGGAGCUCCUCAGGAAGAAGGAUGGGUUGUGUGUAGGGUUUUCAAGAAGAGGUUGCCCGCAGUUAUUAGACGAAUGGGAGAUUAUGACUCAUCGCCUUCACGUUGGUAUGACGAGCAGCUCUCUUUUAUGGCCUCUGAGCUCGAGACAAACGGUCCAAGACGGAUUGUCCCCAAUCAUCAUCAGCAGCAGCACCACCAGCCUUUUUCAUAUGGGAUCAAUGCAUCUGCUUACGCUCUCAACAACCCUAACUUGCAAUGCAAGCAAGAGCUAGAACUACAAUACAGCCACUUGUCAAAUCAGGUGCAUGAGGAACAAAUGAAUCAAGGGAAUCAGAGUUUCAGCUCUCUAUACAUGAAUAGUGGGAACGGGCAAACGAUGGACCAGGUCACGGACUGGAGAUCCCUAGAUAAAUUUGUUGCGUCUCAGCUAAGCAACGAGGAGGCCGCCACAGCUUCUGCUUCUCUACAGAACAAUGGCAAAGACACAAGCAACGUGGAGUACCAAAUUGAUGAAGAAAAAGAUCAGAAAAGGGUUUCAGACAUGGGAGAAGAAUAUGUUGCUUCGACUUCUUCGAGUUGUCAGAUUGAUCUAUGGAAGUGAGCACAAAGAGAACCAUAUCAUAUAAAUGCAUAUAUACUUAUAUCGAUAUACGUAAACACGAAGACAAAUCAAGUGUAGAUGAUGAUGGUACAGAUUUAUAUUUUCUUUGAUUGAUUCUUACUACAUUAUUGAACUUAUAUGCAUAUAUACGUUGCGUAUGUAUGCAUACUUACUUGUACUCGAUACAUGAUUAACCAUAUAAACUCUAAUCUAAAUGUGUAUUUUUUUUAUA